GGGCCCCAGCCGGCGCCGACAAGGGUCCCCGGGAACGGCCGGCGCCGCGGAGCCGCUGGGCGGCCGGACGCCGGAGGGCUCGGUCGGUUCCCGCUGGACCUCGGCCUGUGCCCGCGGCCGCGCUCCCGCCCGCCUCGGCCCGCCAUGCGCCCGCCGGCCCCGGCCGCGCUGGGGCUGCUGCUGCUGCUGCUGCCGCCGCCGCCGCCGCCCGCCGAGGCCGCCAAGAAGCCGACGCCCUGCGGCCGCUGCCGGGAGCUGGUGGACAAGUUCCACAGGGGAAUGGUGGACACGGCCAAGAAGAACUUCGGUGGCGGGAACACGGCUUGGGAGGAAAAGACGCUGUCCAAGUAUGAGUUCAGCGAGGUCCGCCUGAUGGAGAUCGUGGAGGGCCUGUGUGGUUCCAGUGACUUCGAGUGCAACCAGCUGGUGGAGGAACACGAGGAACUCCUGGAGGCCUGGUGGCUGAGGCUGAAGAAGAAGUAUCCCGACUUAUUCGAAUGGUUUUGUGUGGAAACACUGAAAGUUUGUUGUUCUCCGGGAACCUACGGGCCACACUGCCUGGCGUGCCAGGGUGGGUCCGAGCGGCCCUGCAGCGGGAACGGUCACUGCAGCGGAGACGGCAGCAGAGAGGGCGAUGGGUCCUGCCAGUGCCACCUGGGGUACCAGGGGCCGCUGUGCACCGGCUGCAUGGACGGCUACUUCAGCUCGCUGAGGAACGAGACGCACAGUAUCUGUUCAGCCUGUGACGAGUCCUGCAAGACGUGCACGGGCCCCACCAACAGAGACUGCGGCCAGUGCGAAGUGGGCUGGGUGCAGGAGAACGGUGCCUGCGUAGACGUGGACGAGUGCGCGGCGGAGCCGCCGCCCUGCGACGCCCAGCAGCACUGCGAGAACACCGCCGGCUCCUUCGCCUGCGAGGAAUGUGAUUCUACCUGCGUGGGCUGCACGGGCAAGGGUCCCGGACGGUGUAAAGAGUGCAUCCCCGGCUACACGAAAGAGAGCGGCCAGUGCGCAGACAUUGACGAGUGCUCGCUGGCAGAAACGCCCUGUCUGAGGAAGAAUGAAAACUGCUACAACACCCCUGGGAGCUUUGUCUGCGUGUGUCCCGAGGGCUUCGAGGAGGCCGAGGACGCCUGUGUGCAGACGGGGCCUGCGGGGGCCGAAGUCACAGAAGCAAGUCCAACACAGCCACCCUUCCGUGAAGAUUUAUGACGUGUGUCCACGUCGGAAGCCACACCCGCCCUUUAAAUUAUUCAGACUGUCGUCCUGGACAUGGCUCCGCGUCACCCCAUCGCCCCAGGGGAAGCUGUCUUCUUUGAAACAGCUGAUGUUCAUUUGAUCUUUAAAAAAGCUGUAUUUCUAGGUUGUUCUUAAACAGAUUUGUAUAUUUUGAUACUGUUCUUUAUAAUAAAAUUGGCUACUGAAAGUAGUCGGGCAGAG